AUGGUGUCGGGAAGAGGAUAUAAGGACUGGCAAUGCUUGGUUCAGUGCAAACGAUCACCUUCGACAGAAGCAACAAACUCCUCGUCCAUUACGCGAACAGGUUUUAGGCUUUCUACACACACCGCCGUCAAGAUGCUCACCAGUGUUUUGUCCUUUACCCCGGAGAUGGCCGCAACCGUCACCGAGUACUGCACCAACAGCUCCAACGAUGUUUCAGGUGACAUGAAGGAGCUCUGGGACUGGACUGUAGGCGAGUUUGAAGACUCUGACAAGAUGUCAUCACCCCUCCAAGGGGCCACCAUGCAAUUUCUCGCACAGCUAUUGGGCGCCAAGCGAAUUCUUGAGAUCGGCUGCUACUCCGGCUACAGCGCUUUGGCCUGGUACGAGGCUACCAAGCAAACUAACGCUGAGAUCAUCACCCUGGAACUGGAUCCCAAGAUGAUCGCAGCUUCGCGUCGAACCAUUGCCAAGUACAAAAUGGCUGACCGAGUCCAUCUGAUUGAGGGAAAGGCGCAGGACUCCAUCGAAACACUGACGGGCACGUUCGACAUCAUCUUCGUCGAUGCGAACAAAGAUGGCUACGAGACCUACGUGAAACAGAUCCUGGACAAGAAGCUUCUGUCGCCCAAUGGACUGAUCAUGUGCGACAAUGUCUUCGCUCGUGGCAUGACCAUCUCCACCGAAGCCAAUCCCCAUCUGCCAGGAAAGGUUCGGCCUUACUGGACGGAGUGCGGAAAGGCUCUCAAGAGGUUCAACAAUUUUUGCAAGAACGAUCCCAGAAUUGACACUGUCCUCAUGCCGGUGUACGACGGUGUUACUUUCAUCAAGUGGAAGCAGUAA